GGCGGAUAGGUGUUGUAAUAGUCCAGGUGGAUGCUGUAACAGUUUUAAAAAGGCCGGGUAGGUUUUGUAACGGUUUUGAAAAUGGAGGUGGGUGUUGUAAUAGUUUUGAAAAGGGUGGUUGGAUCUCCUGGAUUUAUUGGCAUUUGAGAAGAUUUCCCAUUAAAAGAAUAUAUGAUGCUCAAAAUAGGUUUCAUUAUAAACAUAUUUUUGAAAAUAUUUUCAUUCAUGUCCCAUUCUCUUUAUAUCACGCAUGGAUUUUAGUAAUCGCUGUUCUUACGACAUACGCAACUUUUACACCUGAUAGACCAGUUGCUUAUGAUGCAGCUGCUAUCGAAGCUGUCUCCAAUGAUACUGCAAUUGCUGAGGCAGCUGUUAUCUAUGAAAGUCCUGGUGUAAUUGUUCAAAUUUUAGUGGUUUUGGGACUUCUUUUCAUGGAGUGCACUGCAGUUGCUUAUAUUGAGAAAUUUAGAGGUGAUAUUACCGGUGCAGCUGUAAUUGCUUGGACUUUAUAUGGUGUUUGGAGUGAACAACAAGAUGUUGUUAUACGAUGGACUGCUUUCGUUCUUGCCUUAAUUACUACAUUCCAUAUCUUGAAACCUAUUAUUCUUAAAUAUAUUCUCAAGAAACAAGUAGAAACUGCACCUAUUGUUUAA